AUGGACCGCACCCUGGGCAUCGUGGCCACGCUGGUGGUGGUGGUGCCCUUGUUGUACGUCUACACGGCCAGCGUCGUGCAGGCGCGCUUCCCGGCCCUGAGGAACAAGCGCAUCUGCCUGCUGAUUGCCCACCCAGACGACGAGGCCAUGUUCUUUGCGCCCACCCUGCUGGCCCUCACCCGGCCCGAGACGGGCAAUCACGUCAAGAUCUUGUGUCUGAGCACAGGUAACGCGGACGGGCUCGGCGAGACGAGAAAAAAGGAGCUCAUCAAGAGCGGCAUGCAAUUGGGCCUCAGAGACCCAGACGACGUCUUUGUCGUGGACAAUCCCACCGACUUCCCCGACUCCAUGACCAGGACGUGGGACCGCGACGCCAUCUCCAACCUCCUCUGCAGCGCCUUCGCCCCGCAGCUCCCCCGCCAGCGCGCCGACGACUCGGCCCGCCCCACGGCCAACAUCGACAUCCUCAUCACCUUUGACGCCCACGGCGUCUCGGCGCACCCCAACCACAUCUCCCUCUACCACGGCGCCCGCGCCUUUGCCGCCGCCCUUGUCCGCGGCAAGGCCGGCUGGGCCAGCCCCGUCGACCUGUACACGCUCACCACGGUCGGCCUCGCGCGCAAGUAUGCCUCGGCCGCCGACGUCUUCGCCACCCUCGCCGCCUGGGCCCUCGCCGUCCGCCACGACGACCGCGCGCAUCCGGGCGGCCUGCUCUUCAUGAGCCAGAGCCAGAUGGUCUGGUUCCGCCACUUGUACAUCGUCUUUAGCAGGUACAUGAUCAUCAACGACCUGCGCCUCGAGAAGAUCAAGGCGCGGUGA